AUGGGUAUCUGUAUGAGCGCAAAUCACGACGAGGUGGAGCAGAAGAAGAAGAGCCAAGCAAUCGACCGACAGUUAGAAGAGGAUUCGAGAAGGUUGCGACGGGAAUGCAAAAUCUUGCUUCUCGGUUCGGGCGAGAGCGGCAAGUCUACAAUAGUGAAACAGAUGAAAAUAAUUCACCUCAAGGGAUACUCUGAAGACGAACUAUACAACUACCGCCCGACUAUCUUCAAAAACCUAGUAGAAUGCGCCAAGGCCGUCAUCCUCGCCAUGCGCCAAUUUGGCAUCGAGCCCAUCCUCCUGGAGAAUAGGGAAUACGCCAACUUUUUGAUGGAAUACACCGCCGAGUCAGGACCCCAGGCACACAUCGACCCUCAAGUCGGUAUCGCGAUACAAUCUAUAUGGAAUGAUGCUGCGAAGGAGCAAUUGAUGGACCGACAGACCGAGUUCUACCUAAUGGACUCGGCAGAAUAUUUCUUUCAAGAAGUCAUGCGGAUUGUCGCGCCGGAUUAUCUCCCGACUGAGAUGGACGUUCUUCGCGCCAGAACGAAGACCACCGGCAUAUACGAGACUCGAUUCCAGAUGGGCCAGCUUAGCAUCCACAUGUUUGAUGUUGGCGGACAGCGGAGCGAGCGCAAGAAGUGGAUUCACUGUUUCGAGAAUGUCACGUCCAUCAUUUUCUGCGUCGCACUAAGCGAAUAUGACCAAGUUCUUCUCGAAGAGAGCAGCCAGAACCGCAUGAUGGAAAGCCUACUGCUUUUUGACUCCGUAGUCAAUUCGCGGUGGUUCAUGAGAACGAGCAUCAUCCUCUUCCUCAAUAAGGUCGACAUAUUCAAGCAGAAGCUCAGCCGCUCGCCCAUGGCCAACUACUUCCCAGACUACUCAGGUGGAAACGACGUCCACAAGGCUGCCAAAUACCUCCUAUGGCGGUUCAAUCAGGUGAAUAGGGCGCACCUGCACUUGUAUCCGCAUCUCACGCAAGCGACGGACACGUCAAAUAUCCGACUAGUCUUCGCGGCGGUCAAGGAAACAAUACUAAACAAUGCGUUGAGGGAUAUCGGAGUCCUCUGA